AGUAACAAAUACUGAGUUUUUAGCCUGUCCACGUCGACAUAUUUAUUCCACCAAUCAGAACAUUUGCUUAGUCCACGUAGGAUACCGAUUUUUUAUAUUGUUGGGUUUCUGGGUCGCGACUAAACACCCCCGGUUUCAAUUUCUUCGGUUCCUGGGUCUUGCCAAAACAAAAUCUACUCUAUCAAAUGGUUUGGAUCUCAGAAGAAAUUAGCUGGGCUUGGUUUGGUUUAUUGGGCUUGGUCUCAGUAUAUUAAAAAAAAACCCACACGAGGCGGACACAUCGAUGCUCCGCGCUUCCAUCUCUUCGUCUUCACCCUUUCUUCUUCACCGUAACAGAAUUUUCGAUCCACAACCUAGCAAUCAAUACCCCACGACAUCUCCAUCCAUCAAUUUAUCCUUUAUGAGUUCGUUUCGGUUUGCUUUUUUCCUGCUCUUUUAUAUACUUUUCAUCUUUUUUGAGUUGAAACCAAAUCUCGAUCUUCUCUCCUCACUCCAUGGCGAUCAAACCGAAUGGAAAAUCCCCUGUUACCUCCGAUCACGAUGACAAAAUCAUGCUUUUCCGCGAUGUCACACCGGGUCCCCACGAAACCCAGCUGCGUUUCCGCUUGAUUCAUUUUUGGGAGGCUUGGAAUCCUCUCAAGAAGACGCUAAUUGGGAUUGAGAUGCUGUUAAUUGACGAGCAGGGAUCUGUUAUCCAAGGAUUCCUUUCGCCGAGCCGUAUUGAGAGACAUUUGUCUAAAAUGAAGCCUGGAUCGCUUUACAAGCUCAACAAUUUUUAUGGAUCAAGCAACAAAACCAUGUAUCGGGUUUCUGAUCAUGCUGUGACGGUGUCGUUCUCAUGGAACUCGGAGCUCUCUGUUCUUGAAGACAGUCCCACUCCUUUUGAUGAAGACAGAUUCCGUUUUCAUUCCUUUGAGGAAUUUCAAGCUGGCUGUGAUCGCAAAGGAGACCUCUACGAUGUUCUUGGGCACAUGAAGCUGGUUAAUGGUCAGUGUAUCACUGGGACCCCGGUUCUUGAUGAAGUGGAAAUAGCUAGGGCGAGGCAUGUGUUGGUUCAUGUGCAGUCAUACGAUGGACCUGUGGUGAAGCUCUACCUUUGGGACCAGGCUGCAAGAGACUUCUGCAAAAAAUUCAAAUCAUACGAACGCACCCCCACCGUGUUAUUGGUGACGACCGUUAACACCAAGAGUCUCGGAGGUACUCUUGCACUGACUACAAUGUCCUCCUCACGUGUCUUUAUGGAGUGCGACGUCCAGCCUACGGUCGACUACUUUAGCUGGUUGGGCUCUAACCCACAGAGUGCUGAGUUGGUCAAUGCAGAAGUGGUUACUAAAAGGGAGACACUGACCAUAGGAGAAAUAUUCUCCUACAUCAGGGAUGGAUCUAAUAAGGAGGCUUUUUUUGAGUGCACGGCUACGAUUGAUGAUGUGGUCCAUGGUUCAACCUGGUAUUACAUAUCAUGCAGUGGUUGCCAUACUAAGGCUACGAAAGGGCCAACUUCUUUGAUGUGUUCAAAAUGUGGGAAAGUCAACAUAUCAGGAGUACCACAGUACCGUGCACAGAUAUCUGUCUAUGACAACAGUGAGCAAGCUGUUUUUGUUCUGCUUGGUGAUGCUGGUUUUGAGUUAACCGGGAAGCAUGCAGCCGAGUUAGUCAGCAGCUAUUUUGAGUCUAAUGGAGACCAAGGAGUUACUCAAGAGGCGCCUUUCCCGGAAGCUUUAAUUAGCACUAUCGGUCAGAAACAUAACUUCUGUGUUAAAGUUACACAGCACAACUUAGAUGGCAAGUCUCGAUCUUUGACUGUGACCAAGAUUCUCCCUAUGGAAUCUCCGCCAGUCACAGAAGCUUCGGGAGGAAACUACAACCCAACAACCUUGGAGGACGGAUUUGAGACUGGAACGAAGGUGUGUGGAGCUUCCAAAAUCAGUGUGGAUUCGGCAGAGGGAAGUAAGAACAAUGGUGACAUUGACCAGAUGGGCAAAGCAAAACGCCUCAAGCGUGGGGUGUAGAUUUUACGUGGGUCGUAACAUGUCUUGCAUGGGAGUACGUUUAAAGUUUGUUUUUUUUUUUUUUUUUGCUCACUCUGUUAUUGACUUAUGAUUUCUUUCAAUUUCUCUAAAGUUUUUUAAUUACUCUGAAUGUUUAAGUUUUGAUAAUCAUUAUUCUACUUCUUAAGGCUUAUAACUCUGUUUCUUUAUGUGUUUUGAAAUAUAGGUUUGUGACAAACCGGUCAAUCAAUACCGAAUUUGAAAAUCUUUUAUUUUACGAACUAUGGAUAUUUUUUUAAAAAAAAAUGUCUGUGAUGAAAGCAACAUUUUAGGAAAAACGUGUUUUCCAAUCUACAUAAUUACUCUACUUUCCAUAAAAUUGUUGAAGGCAUAAAUUUAGUAUUGUUUAUGGAAAAAGAAUCAAUCAAGUUAUCAAGCAUUACCUAAACCAUAUCAAACACGAUUUUACUAACCAAGAAUAUAUCUUCUCAUUUUUUAAUCAACCAAAGAUUUACGUCAAUCAUAUCCCACACGAAUUAUUUCUCCCGUAGCUCUCCCUUACGCUGCUGCCCGGUAAACCAAGCUUUCUUCUACCGUUUUGAAGCAUCCCCUUAAGCUGCUGCAACCAAGCUUCCUAUUUCCCAUCUUUAAUCAACGCUUGACUCAACCUACUGUGGAAGGUAAGAAUUUUUAAAUCAACUAAGAAUAUACAAAAUCUUAAUCCAUCAAUCUAACUGGUAAUCAGUUUCAUUAUAAGGUUACAAAUAUAUAAGGAAUGGAGCAGCCACCUCUUCCACCCACUUCGCAGACUGCAGGUAAACAAAUCUAUAGUCAUCUUAAGAAUCGCCUUACAGGCAUGUAUGUCGCUAGAUAUAUUAAUUGUAUUACUUAGGCCAUAAACCAAGAUAUAAGGUUAAUCAAAUGUUAAACGUAACUUUAAAAUCAAAAUUUAUAUAAUAUAUAUAUUUCGGUACAUAGAAUAAUACACCAAUAAAUUUUGUUAUCGAAACGUACUCUUAUUCAUUUACAGUUCAGUUUUUUUUUUCCUAUUUAAACUUUUGAUUUUUCACAAGAUAUAUACUUUAAUAUUUAUAGGAUAGCGAUGCAAAGGUUCGUGCAUGAACUUAAUAAUAAACGAAGCUUUAGAGAUACAAAGUCGAAUAUGGGAAAGGUUUUUUUUUUGGUAGGAAAGCUUUGAAGAUAGGAAAGAUAACUAUAUUAUUUUUUGUUUCCAGUCUCUACUUUCCUUAUUAAUAUGAAUAAAAAAGGACGUGUAUGAUACGACCAUUAAAAUAUCAAAUUAGGUAAAUAUUAUAAACUUAACAAUGUUUAUUUUAAUUGUGAUAUUGAUUAAAAGUCUAUAUUAGAUUAAACUAAUACUCGGAUUAUGCAACUGGAAGAGAUUUUUUUUGAUAACUUUAUGUUCCAGAAAUUUUAUAAGAGGAUUGAAAGAUUCAAAGAGAGAAAAUAUAACUAUACUAUUUUUGAUUCCAGUCUCUGCUUUUUACAAAAAUCACUUUCCUCCCAUAUUACGCAGUUACAAAAGCAUUAUAUAAUUAUUUGGUAAAGAUAUUAUACUAAUAACUUUUCUUAGUUCACAAAUAGAAUUCACUCGCCCUCAUGUGGCCACGAUUUCCUCAGUCAAAAAAAACAAACAAGUCAAAAAUAUUAACAUCCAUCCAUAAAUGCUAUUAUAGAUUUUAUACACCUCUAAUUUAUGUAAUAUUACAAAACUCCAAAUUCUUUUAAUACAAUCAAAGGUUGACCAUUAGAUAUAUUAAAAUAAUAUUCAUUUUUUAAUUUUUUUUUAAAAAACAAUUCAACUUCUGAGUAUAUGAAAAUUUUAGAUUCAUAAUAAUCUAUAUUUUUGGCUACGAUCAAUAAUGAGUUCUAUUCUUAUUUGUAUGUUUAUAAAUUGUAUUAUCCUUUGCUUUUCAUUAUAUGGUUAUUCAAAGAUUUAUAUGGAUUUAUUUAUAUAUAAUCUAUUAAAAAAGAAGUCAUGAUACCUUUAUGUCUGAUUUUUUAAUUAGAAAAAUACUUAAAAUAUUUAUGGAAUUUUACAUAACUUAGUUAUAACAUAUUUAUUUUUGUUUAACAUAUUAAUAAAUAUCCUACGAACAAUGUUUAACCACAUCUUUCAAAUAUGUUUUAAAAUGUUCUAAAGUUGUAUUUUCGAAAUUUUUUUUUCAACAGUUCAAGUUAAUUGAAACAUCUUUCUUUAAUAAUUAUAAUUCAUAAUCAAUAACUUCCUAAGACCAGAAAAUGUUUUAUAAUAUGUAACUUAUUUUCUAUUCAACCUAUAUUAAUGUUAUAUUAGAAAACUUACAAACUUUCCAACUAUUUAAUCCCUUGCAUCAUGUCUCUAUUGAACAACUCAUCCAUAUAUCUAGACAACUCCACUAACAUCUAAACAUGAGUCAAAUUUCUUGGAUUGUGCGCCACAAAACGUCACAAAGCCUGACAUCACCAAAAAGAAGCAUCACCAUGAAUAUAAAGAGACGAAAUACACAACAAACGAAGAUCGUGAUCUCUAUUGACAUGAAGACAACAAGUAGUGGUUAUCUAACACACGAAACAGCAAGCAAUAUGGAGUAUAUGCUUGGUUACCACGAGAUCGAUUUUGACACGAUUACUGAGAUAAUCGAGGAGGCUUCCGCCGUUGCCGCACACAAUAUCCCAACACUCAAUGAUCCCACCCAUAUUGAUUUUGAUAUAAUUGUUAAAAUAAAUGAUCUUAAUCCAGAUGCUCUCCGCAGAAUUGACCUGGACGUUUAUAUCACCGAGCUACGGGAUAAUCGAAGGGAUACAAUUCCUAGCGAAAUAAAUGAGAUAUGUCCAAUCUGUUGGGAAGAGUUUGGCACCGAACUGGAUAUCAACUCCUUGAGUUGUAAUCAUACCUAUCAUCAUCACUGCAUAUCGAACUGGGUUGAAAAAACCUUAACUUGCCCAUAUUGUAGAGCACUACUUGCUUAAUACACAGUAGAUCCAUUAUCUUAUCUAAUAAUUGUUUCCCCUGUUUUAAAAUUUUAAUUGAAAAAGAAAUAAUAAUAAUUAUAAUUGAAUUGCAUCCGUAAAGAAUUAUUAUUAUUAUUAUGUAUAAAUAAAGACGUAUCGGGUUUUAAUUAGGAAAGUCGGUUUUAAAGUGAUACUAUAAUUUAUAUUUGUAGAAAAUUAAAACAGACCAUAUAUAUUAUUUUAGUUUCGAAACUUUUUUUAAAAACUUGCUAUUAUUAUCUCUAUUAUACCUGUAAAAAAAACAUCCCAAAUCAAAAUAUUAUAAAUACUACAAAUACAACAGUUAUUAUAAACCAAAGAUAAUAUUUAAAAUAUACUAACAUCAUGAAAACAGUAUUACGUUAUUAUAAAGAUGAAAUCAACCUUAACAAAUAAGUCAAAAAAAUUAACAUCCAUCUAUAAAUGCUCAUUAAAACCAACAUUAAAAGAAUUAUAUGCUCACUAAAUCAAAUAACCUCAAUUAUCUUCCCAAGUAUUAUUAAAUUAUAAAGAUAUAUUAGCCAAAAUAAUAUAGCUAAACUUAGUGUAUUAUGGUAGUUAAUUUUUUCCAUUUCCUAACAGAUUAUUUUGGCAAACCCAAAAUUACAAUCGUUAUUAAAUCCAAAGAGAUUUCUUUGAUAAUUUUAUGUUCUCAAAUUAUUAUAAGAGGAUGGAAAGAUCCAAAGAGAGAAAAUACAACUAUACAAUUUUUUGAUUCCAGAACAAUAACUUAGAUACAUUGUCUUAAAAACUUCCGCUAACAUAUAAAUUUCAGCGAAACUGAAACACUUUUAAUAAAAAACUCAUAAAAUUAACAUUCAGUAAUAAAUGCUCAUUCACACCAACGUUAAAAGAAAAAAAUUCAUAUAUCUAAACUCACUUUAUUUACCACAUUUCGACAAAAACUUCACCCCACACAAAUACCUCAACAAAGAGUGACAUACCACUUAUAUCUCAGCGAAUCUCACAUCAAAAAAUAUCUACAGGUGGAACCCCGAAGCAAACCCUCCAAGUUUAUUUGAAUAAAAAUUAUUAUAUUUGAAAUCACAAGUUAUAACACACUUAAUGUUUUUAAACAUAAAAUUAAAUAUUUGGUUUAAAAUUUUAAAAUAACAGACACAUUAAUUUAUUUUUGAACUCGAGACGAAAUCCGUACAAUAAUGUUUCUAUAUUUUCUGUAUUUAUAAAAGGAAUAAUAAAAGAUGAAACAUCACAUAAAAAUAAGACAUCAUAUUUGGAUAUAUUUAAAAAAAUACUUACAAAUAUAUUAUAUUCUUGAUAAUUUUAAAAUACAAAUAAAACUAAAUCAAUAUUUUGUAACAUGAAAAUAAUAAUUGGAUAAAAAAUAUAUUAUGUUAAUAAGUACAUUAAAGAUUUUGAAGAAUUCUAAUUUAUGUAAUAUUACAAAACUCCAAAUUUGCUUAUUAGAAUUAAUAUUCUACUAUUAGAUAGAUUAAAUUAAUGUUCUAGAACGUUAUUCGACUGUCAGUUCUCAACUAUUACACGU